CUGUGGGAGGAAUAGAGUAGUACACCGCGAGACUGGACAAAUCUAACUGGAUUACGCUGUCCUGCCGUGAUUAAAAUGAAAAAGAACUGACAUUCGACCUGCCGUCCGUGUUUAGAAGAUGGCCGUGGGAUUAUUACAUUCACUUGGGCAUGAAGACGGGAUGACAACAGUACCUGACAUGUGAGAUAUCAGGAUAAAUACAACUACAGUGCGCUUGUGUGGCCACCUUCUGUUUAUGCAGAUUUGCCAUUGGAUUCCGCAUUUGCUGGUGGCGAUAUGAAGAAGUUUAAUAUCAGGAAGGUGUUGGACGGCUUGACUGCGGGGUCCUCCUCCGCCUCCGCGGCGUCCCCUCAAACGGGUAACCGGGAGAACGACAUCAUUCCGGAGACCCUGCAGUCAGAGCACUUCCAGCUCUGCAAGACAUUGCGACAUGGCUUUCCCUACCAACCCUGUUCUAUGGCUUUUGAUCCCGUACAGAAAAUACUGGCUAUUGGGACACAGAGUGGAGCCUUGAGACUAUUUGGCCGAGCAGGAGUGGAGUGUUACUGCCAGCAUGAGAGCGGAUCAGCCGUCAUCCAGCUGCAGUUUCUCGUCAAUGAGGGGGCGCUGGUUAGCGCUUUGGCAGAUGACAGUAUUCAUUUAUGGAAUCUGCGGCAAAAGCUUCCAGCCAUCCUCCAUUCUCUUAAAUUUAACCGUGAGCGGAUCACGUUUUGCCAUUUGCCUUUUCAGAGUAAAUGGUUGUACGUGGGCACAGAAAGAGGCAACAUUCACAUUGUCAACGUGGAGUCCUUCACACUCUCAGGCUAUGUCAUCAUGUGGAACAAAGCCAUUGAACUUUCCUCAAAGACACACCCUGGGCCUGUGGUUCACAUCAGUGAUAACCCCAUGGAUGAAGGGAAACUUUUAAUUGGUUACGAAUGUGGCAUAGUUGUGCUGUGGGACUUGAAAUCAAAGAAGGCUGACUACCGGUACAGCUAUGACGAGGCGAUACACUCGGUGGCUUGGCACCAUGAGGGGAAACAGUUUGUGUGCAGUCACUCAGAUGGCACACUUACCACAUGGAAUGUACGCAUCCCUGCCAAACCUGCACUGAUCAUUACACCACAUGGUAAACAGCCCAAGGAUGGAAAGAAGCCUGAGCCCUGCAAACCCAUCUUGAAAGUGGAAUACAAAACAACCAGAGCAGGGGACCCUUUCAUGAUACUGUGUGGAGGUUUGUCAUAUGAUACAGUGGGUAGGCGGGCCUGUCUGACUGUGAUGCAUGGGAAAAGCACUGCGGUGUUGGAGAUGGACUACCCCAUAGUGGAUUUCCUUACACUGUGUGAAACCCCAUAUCCAAGUGAUUUCCAGGAGCCUUAUGCUGUUGUUGUCCUGCUGGAGAAGGAUUUAAUUGUUAUUGACCUUGCACAAAUUGGGUAUCCGAUCUUUGAGAACCCCUAUCCUCUGUCCAUUCACGAGUCUCCAGUGACCUGCUGCGAAUAUUUUGCGGACUGUCCAGCUGAAGUGAUCCCUGCACUUUACUCCGUAGGCUCCAGACAGAAGAGACAGGUCUUCAGCAAGAAGGAAUGGCCUAUAAAUGGAGGUAACUGGGGUCAGGGAACACUAAGUUACUCCGAGAUAAUCAUAACUGGACAUGCUGAUGGAUCGAUCAAGUUUUGGGAUGCCUCCGCAUUAAUGCUGCAGGUGCUGUAUAAACUGAAAACAGCGAAGGUCUUUGAGAAGCCUCGCAGUAAAGAGGAGAAAUCCAGCACCGAUAUCGUGGAAGAAGAUCCAUUUGCUAUCCAGAUCCUGUCUUGGUGUCCAGAGAGCCGUGUGCUGUGUGUGGCUGGAGUAUCAGCUCAUGUCAUUGUGUAUAGGUUCAGCAAACAGGAAGUCACCACUGAAGUGGUUCAGCUGUUGGAGGUGCGUAUGCAGUGUGAGCAGAAUGAAGUGGAGUCUCCAGAGUGUGGAGGGGAGCAGACGUCGGCCGUUUCCACCCCAGGAACCUGCUCCAGCCCUCAGAGCAGCCUGCCUCAGUCUCACCCCUCCACCAGCAGUAACAACUCCUCUGACGGCCUGCGAGAUAAUGUCCCUUGUCUCAAGGUUAGAAGUUCCCCCCUCAAACAGUCUCAAGGUUACCAGGUGGAGCUGGUAAUUCAGCUGGUUUGGGUUAGCGGGGAGCCGCCUCAGCCGAUCACCAGCCUCUCCGUCAACUCCGCGUAUGGCCUAGUUGUUUUGGGCAAUGGUAAUGGACUUGCAGUGGUGGAUUAUCUUCAGAAAACUCUGCUUUUGAACGUGAGCACAGCUGAGCUGUACGGCUCGACAGACCCUCAUCACAGACAACCCCGCUCCCCCCGCAAAACCAGACAGCCCUCUGCAGGUUUGUGUGACGGUAAUGAUAGUUCUGCCACCCCAGAGGAGCGAUGCAAAUCACCAACUUCAGACGAUGUUGCUCCUGUCGGCUCCGGUUCACCGUGCAAUUCUGAUGAUGACAGCAAACCAAAUUUUAUUGACAAGGUGAAGUCCAAAAGCAGACGGAUAUCCAAGACUGUUGUCAAUGAUUUUGCAAAGAUAUCCCGGAAAAUUAGCAUGAUUGGUGAUCUGAAAGAUGACAGGAAGUUGAGCCAUCACUGCUCUCUCCCCGACGCCAGGGACAACUCGUUCAGCCGCUCGCGCAGCUCCAGUGUGACCAGCAUCGACAGGGAGUCUCGUGAGGUCAUUUCCUCUUUCUUCUUUUGUGACUCUCUGUCCAAGAAGAGUGAGAUGGUGGCAGUGCCCAGCCUGUGGUUUGGCACCUCUUUGGGCAGCAUGCUGGCCAUCGCCCUCACCGUGCCCUCCACACCUGAGCAGAGGAUGCAACAGCCUGUGGGCGUCUCUUUCUGUGGAUGUGUAGUGCGUUUGAAAGGAGCUAUCCUGCGCAUGGCCCAGCUGGACGCCAGCGGCACUCUUCUACCCCACAUUUAUGAGUCCUGGUACGAGCCCAACGCCCCUGAGGAAGAGAGAGAACGGACACGAAAACGCCGACCGACCUCCCCUCCAUCUUCACAGGAGAACCCAGAAUGUCAGUACGCUGUGGUCUGCUCCGAGAAACAGGCCAAAGUGGUGGCCCUGCCCUCCCAAAACUGCAUCUACGAGCACAACAUCACAGAAACGUCUUUUGUACUCAGAGCUGAUGUGGUGAUGAUGAACACGGGGAUCUGCAUCGCCUGCUUCUGUGCCAACGGUCACAUUAUGACCCUCAGUUUGCCCAGUCUGCGGCCGCUGCUGGAUAUCAACUACCUUCCACUGACAGACAUGAGGAUAGCCAGAACCUUCUGUUUCUCCAACCAGGGUCAGGCUUUGUACCUCACGUCUCCCACUGAGAUCCAAAGACUCACUUAUAGCCAAGAAACCUGCGACAACCUGCAGGAGAUGCUAGGAGAGCUGUUUACCCCAGUGGAGACCCCAGAGGCUCCAAACAGAGGGUUUUUCAAGGGCUUAUUUGGAGGUGGAGCACAGUCCUUGGACAGAGAGGAUCUCUUUGGAGAGUUGGUGGCUGGUAAGCCUUCACGUAGCCUGGCACAGCACAUCCCUGGACCAGGUGGUAUGGAGGGCAUGAAGGGGGCUGCGUCGGGUGUGGUGGGAGAGUUAGCACGGGCUAGGAUAGCUCUGGAUGAGAGAGGACAGAAACUUGGUGAGCUGGAUGAGAGAACGGCAGCCAUGAUGUCCAGCGCAGACUCGUUCUCGAAACAUGCACAUGAUAUGAUGUUGAAAUACAAAGACAAGAAAUGGUACCAGCUCUGAGGUUCAUGCAAGCAGUCAGCAGACCUUCAUGUGAAGACAGCAGAUCCAUCAUCACUCCUCCAUUUCUUCUUUCUCUUCCUGUAUCUUUCGCUCUCUGAUGUACCAUAACUGCCUCUCUCGCCCAGCACAACGCCACGCUCCGUUACCUCAAGCCGAGGUGCUGCGGAAAGCCAGAGGAGACGGUGGCGGUUGCGUUUCCUCUUUCAAAUGAAGCUGUGUAUCUUGUCCUGGGAGAAGAAGUGUUGUACCCUCAUCAGCCAUGCUGUCAUUUCACUGCCAUUCAUUUGCAAAGAAACUACAAAGCAAAGCCUUGUGGGAAAGGAAACCGACAAAUGGACCCCUGAAGUCUGCAGCGUUGCCGAGCAUAAUGCUUCUGAUAAUCGGUCACUUGGGCAAGAGUAGAUUGCAUGUCCAGUGAUUUAAUUUAUGAAAUUAGCAUUAAGGUUUUUCUAGUUUUAGACGUCUGGUGGAAUCUCACAAAAACAAGUCCAGGUCAAGUUUGACCCCAAAAUCAAAAUGGUAAAUAUGAAGCCAAUAAAAGGAAAAAAAUUAAGCCAUUUUUUUGCAUUGUGAUAUUAUUAUUAUUAUUAUUAUUAUUAUUAUUAUUAACAGUUAACCACAAUCCACAUGCAUUUUGAGGUAGUUUGUUUUUUUCAAUCCUCAUUGUUCUCAAUGGUGAUUUACAUUUUUAAUGGGAUUACAAGGUUAGUCUAAUUAAAUCAGCAUAAAUAAAAGGCAGACAAACAUUAGUAAACAAAUACUACCAUGAUCGAUAACACUUGUUUAAGCCCAUAUUUAUAAUGCAUUAAUAAUGCCUUUUUAUAAUGCCUCAUAAUACACCUUUUAAUAUGUUAUAACUUCUCACAAAUAAUUAAACCACAAUUAUAGGCCAUUAAUAUACUUAAUUAUUCAUAUUUACACCUUAGAGUAAUAUGCAUGAAAACACAAUCAACAUCCAUUUUUAUAUUUUUGUGUUUUAUUUAUAUAUAUAUAUAUAUUGUGUAUUCCUUAAGUAAAGUGACAAAAGCAAUGUCUUAAAAUCAUCGAUGAGAUAUUUUUAAGUGGUAAUAAGACAUUACAAGUCAAGCUUGUAAAAUGAAAGUUAUAAACAAAUGCACAAAAUACAAAGGAACGCAUUCAAUGCAAAACACAUCUAAGAAUUAAAAAAUUAAAUUGAUUCUGUAGUGGAAUCUAUUCAAUAAACCGUAAUGUUUGUGCAUCUUAUUUGAAGACUUAUCUAUAAAUAAAUUCCAUUAAGUUUGACUUGUAAUGUAUUGUAUGUUACAAGUUUAUGGGAUGGGUUUUUACUAGAAGACAUUGCUUUUGUAACUUACUUAAAGCAGGCAAAGACCACAUAUAAUGGCAUAUGAUGACAUCAUAAAGCCAGUUUAAACUAUGCUUAUGUUGCAUGAGAGCAUUUAUAUGAUUGUCUUGAUUAAGUUCUGGUAAAAUUGUAUGUUGAUUGUGUUAAAAUGCGUUCUGCUCUCUAAGCCAUAACUAUGAAUAUGUUAUGUGUUAUAAGUGCACUAACAGUUAUAUAUGGGAAAUUAUAACAUAUUGAAAGGUGUCUUAUGAGAAAUGCAUUAUAAUUAUGGGCAUCAGAGAAAGUGUUACAUCAUGAUCUAUAAAUACAUAACAAAUUAAAUAAUAGCGUUUUUGUUUUGCAUGACAUUAAUUAGAAUAUAGGGCAGAAAUGUUAUUAAUUGUCAUUAAGAUAACAUCACAAUGUAAAAAAAAAAAAAAUGGUUUGGUCUAAAAAAUAAGCUGCCUUUCCUAAGCAAAAUAUAUAAUAAAUAUCGGGUGUAAUAUGACCUUGACAUGAGAUUUCAUGAGAUUCCCCCAUAAAUCAUGUUAGCUAUAGAAAAGGCCAGAUUGUCUUACAUGAGGUGGACCGUUUCAUUUCACAUCUAAAGGGCUGGAAGUUGCUAUAUGUACCACAUCAUUAUUUUGCCAUAGAAAUUACAGACAGGCGGUGCAGUGAAGCUGGUCUGAUCAUGCAUAAUUUCAAUUGUCCUUAUGUUUAAAUGACAAGUUGAUUCACAAUGACCAGGUCUUAUAAGAGCGUUUAGAAACUCUGAGUUCAAUGUACUCUAAUACUCUAUACCCUGAGUUAACCCUGGAGAAAAGAUACAAAUAGGGGUGAAAUAAAUAAAUUAUAUAUAUAUAUAUAUAUAUAUAUAUAUAUAUAAGAUGUCAGGUAAGAAGAGUGUGAAUCUCACAAAAACACAUUUCACCACAUAAUAAUAAUAAUUAAAACAAAAAAGCAUAAAGGGAAUAAAACCUACUUUUGAGUCAUUAUUUAUUUCGUUUUUAUGCAUUGACAUUAUAUUCAAGACAACGAAGCACAUUUCCGUGCAAGUUCUAAUUACCAUAAUAUGUGACCAGACUGUAAUAUGACCAAUAAAUUAUGCAAAUUAUAAAUUAUGUUUUGCACAAAGAAAAUGAAGACUGAGGACCUUUCAUAUAUAUAUAUAUACUUAUUUAUUGUUUUGCAUUAAAACAUUAAGCACAUUUCCCUUAAUUCUCAUUAAUGUAAUUAAAAUGACUAGACCGUAAUAUGAUCAGAAACAUUUUUUUAUUAUAUUUUGCAUAAAGAAAAUUAAGCAUUUUUAGGACUGUUAUAUCAUUAUUUCCAUGACAAUAAUACACUUAUUUAAAAAAAAAUAUAUAUAUAUAUAUAUAUUUUGUUUAACGAAAAAACAAAAAGAAAGCUCAUUACCGUAACGCAUCUGUAUGUUUAACUUUAACGUUUUUGUAUUUCUCAUAAUUUUCAGUGAUGAUCCUCAAUACAGUUAUACUGUUUUUAAAUCAGCAUACAGUAAAUAAAACAGUUCAAUAAAUACAUCAUGAUGUAUACAGUAAAUACACAAUUUAAAUAACAUAUAUUUUUCACAAUUGUUUUCCAUUAUGGUGAUGAAUUUAGGGGAGGAAAAAAAAAUGCUCCAUUUCCUUUAAAGUCAAAUGUAAUUUCUAGGUAUUUUUCCUUCAUUAUGUGAUGAAAUAAGAUCCAUACGUGAUCUUAUUGCUUUUGUGAGAUUCAUUCGGGUAUAUAGUUUAUAACUGCUGAAUAUUUGCUGGUUAUAUACAAACAGAUCUGAAACAGUGGAAAUGAGCUUUUGUUAUUUAUAUCAAGUGAAAAUGUGGAAGUGUGAGGCAUGAUUUACAUUAUGUGCCUUGUUGAUGAUUGACAUGUAAGAAACCUGUCCGCCAUCCAAUGAGAUCUUAGGGGCGGGACACCAGUGGAAUGUGCCGAUAGUACUGGUUCUUCAUAUGCAAAACCGUUUCUGGCUACCUGUUUCACAUGAUGCUACAGCUCCUGGAUGAGGGAUUCUUAAAGCAACAGUGUCCGCAUUUAAGGGACUCGCAGCCUGAGACUGCAUAACCAACCAGGUUACUUCCUCCUCAACUGAGUGAAUAACAAAUGGAUGUCUCCUAUACUCAUGUCCAUGUAUUUUCUAAGACUAAUGCAUGAGUUUCACAUCCCUCACACAGAGUUGAAUAUAGCGGUCUCAGUCUGUGUUUGUUGCUGCAGUGGAUGUGACCACAAAAUGUUCAAUGCAACUUCAUACUAUUGGUCAGCACCCCUGAUCUGUCUUCGAGGUGGGGGGUUAUCUUUUGCCUUUGCUUUGCGACCCAUGAAUAUAUGCUAACCUCGACUUGUGUGCGUAUACGUGUGUGUUUGUGAACAUACGUGUAUGCAAGAAUAUGUGUAUGCUCACGUGUUUAUAUAAACUAAAGAUACAAUAUAUUUGAAAGCAUAUAUCCUGAUGUUUCUUUUAAAGUCUUAUUUAUGAGGUGCAGGAAAUUGCUGCUAUUUCUGUUAUUUAGGAGCUACGCCAUUUACUUAUCAGGCAUACUAAAGGGGUAGUUCAAUCCAAAGUGAAAAUCCUGCCAUCAUUUAGUCACCCUCGUGUUUCAUGGAAGAAAGUCAAACAUGAGGGUGAGUAAAUAAUGAUUGCAUUUGAAUACCUUUGGGUGAACUAUCCCUUUAAGGCUUUUCUGUUAUGUUUUGUUUUUCCUCCACAUUGCUGCCAAAUGUUGUAAAUACUGUAUGGAUACUUUUGAAGACAAACUUGAGAGUGCUGACGCAGUCAGAGUGACUGAGAAUGGUGGCCAUGAUCUUUCUAGACUCCAAAGAGUUGCUUUGCUGUGAAAGUCAUUCUUACAGAAGGAGAUGAGCUCUCCCUUCGGCAACAUUUCUUAUCAUUUAAAACACGUGUCAUGGCACCUCUACACACACACACACACUGUAUAUUAUUAUUAUUAUUUAAUUUAAUUUCUAUGAGCAGUUUUGUGGUUUUGCACUAUAGGUUUUCUAUUAUAAUGUCAUCAAAGUCAUUUUAUGAAUACUUUUGUAGUUGCUUUAUUUUCUGGGACAUUUAUGUUUCUUUAAAAAGGACCAAAAUAAGACUGAUGCUAAAGUGUAAAUUGCAAACUUCACACUCUCAGAUUUGUCCUCAUUGCCAGUUUAAUGCUGUUCUAAUAUAUUUAUACAUUUGAAAUAUAUAUAUAUAUAUAUAGAUAUAUCAUUUACUUUUCAUUUCAGAUAUUUACAAAUGAAUACUUAGUCUAUACAGCAACCUUAAAAAUCUCGUUGGCCAUCUCAGUUUAUCGUCCGAUUUAUCUUGCACAAAAGAGGCUGCAUGAUAUAGAGUGUUUACAAACUUGAAUAAUCCACCUACAUGUUAUUUGAGGGGUUUGUAAUGAACAAAUCGGAAGUAUUUACUCUUUAUUGUUGAAAAGGCAAGAUUUUCAUUUCUCUAGAUUAUGCCUAGUAUUGUUAUUUGAGGUCAGAUUCACUGGGACACCAUUUGAACAUACCCAGACAAUACUGUACAACAAAAAAAACUAAAAACAUGGUCUCCUUGAAAAGGUCUUGGGGAUACGUUAUCUUUGGAGUUGCAGGUUUUCUCAACAUAGCCAUCGUAUUGUACAGUUUUAUUAAUCAAACUUUCACAUGAAUGUUUGUCUCACAUGAAUAUCUGCUGCCAAACAACAAUUUAGGAAACAUGUUUAUAGACGUAACUGUGCAAUGGAAAAUAAAUGUAAAAAAAAGAUUUAUUUCCAGCAGUUUUCAUUAAAGAGUCCAUCACACCUGUUGUUACACACACUGGCCGCUAGAUGUCGCAGAUGUUACUAAUUUUACAACUAUCAACUUAAAACAGCGUUGCUAUUAGAAUGAGUUUAAUUUAGAAAUUUUAAAGUUACAUACAUUUAUUAUGAAAAGCCAACAUAAGAUGCUCACUAGUCAGAAUUGUUUGGCAUUUUUGAGAAUAUAUACAUGUUGCAUUACCUAUUGUCGCCAGCAGAUGUCAGGAUUGUAGUAGAGGUGGAAGGUAUUCAACUCUCCUCACAAAUUUAUGGAAGUACACUGCU